CGAACCGAAAAAGGAAAAUUACUCAUUUUACCGUUAAAGCAGCGCCAAAGUCUCCAGAUUGGAUCGGAGAUGAAAUCUCUUGUUCCGUCUCAUCUCUCAACGGUGUUGUAAUAUUUUCAUGGAACCCAUUUCUUCAUCCGAAACCCUAGUCUCAUGAACCCACAGUAAUGGAAUGGCAAGGCAAAUUCUGCAAAAAGUCGUCGCCUGCGAUCUCGUUUUCGCGGAUUCAUCAUCACCAUUCGCGAAGCUUCUCGAUUCGUGCAUCCGAUCAAAGUCGGCCCGAGAUGUUCGUCGCGUCCAUGCACUUAUCGUCAAAUCGCAGUUCUCAGAUGAGGUAUUUAUACAGAACAGGCUCAUUGAUGCUUAUGCGAAAUGCAGGUGCUUGGUGGACGGGCGCAGGGUGUUCGAUGAAAUGUCUGUGAGAAACAUUUACUCUUGGAACUCUGUCCUAACCGCUUUGACGAAGUCUGGAUUUCUCGAUGAGGCUGAGAGAAUGUUUUGGUCGAUGCCUGACCAUGAUCAGUGUACUUGGAAUUCUAUGGUUGCUGGGUUUGCGCAGCAUAAUAGCUUUGAAGAGGCUUUGCAUUAUUUCGCUUUGAUGCAUAAGAAGGACUUUGUGCUCAAUGAAUAUACAUUCGGCAGCGGUCUCAGUGCUUGUGCAGGUUUAAUGGACAUGAAAAAGGGUACCCAAAUCCAUGCUUUGAUAGCAAAGUCACCAGGUUUGUCGGAUGUUUAUAUAGGCUCUGCACUUGUUGACAUGUAUUCAAAAUGUGGGAGCACAGGAAGCGCUCAGCUGGUUUUUGACGAGAUGAGUGAUAGAAAUGUUGUGUCCUGGAAUAAUUUGAUUACAUGCUACGAACAAAAUGGUCCGGCAAUGGAAGCUCUCAAGGUUUUCCUCAUGAUGUUGAAGUCUGAGUUUGAGCCAGAUGAAGUGACGUUAACAAGUGUAGUCAGUGCUUGUGCAAGCAUGUCGGCACUUAAGGUUGGUCAGGAAAUUCAUGGACGUGCUAUUAAGAAUGAUAAGUUAAGGGAUGAUCUUGUUCUCAGCAAUGCCUUCGUGGACAUGUAUGCAAAGUGUCGCAGAAUAAAUGAAGCUAGGUACAUAUUUGAUAGGAUUCCAACUAAGAAUAUUGUGUCAGAAACUUCCAUGGUCAGUGGGUAUGCAAAGACUGCGAGCACAAAGGCGGCUAGACUUAUGUUUACGGAAAUGAUAGAAAGGAAUGUUAUAUCAUGGAAUGCACUUAUAGCAGGCUAUACCCAAAAUGGGGAAAAUGAAGAGGCGAUCAAUCUCUUCCGCAUCCUGAAGAGAGAGUCAGUAUGCCCAACUGACUAUACUUUCGGGAAUCUACUAAAUGCAUGUGCUAAUCUUGCGGAUCUGCAUCUUGGUUUGCAGGCUCAUGUGCAUGUGCUGAAGCAUGGGUUUAAAUUUCAAUCUUGCGAAAGGUCUGAUAUAUUUGUGGGUAAUGCCUUGAUAGACAUGUAUGUGAAAUGCGGAUCUGUGGAAGAUGGUUAUCUUGCAUUUAAGAAAAUGUCGGAAAGAGAUUGCGUCUCAUGGAAUGCAAUGAUUGUGGGAUAUGCCCAAAAUGGUUAUGGGAUCGAGGCUCUUGCUUUGUUCCGGGAAAUGCUGGAUUCUGGAGAAAAACCAGACCACAUUACCAUGAUCGGCGUUCUUUCUGCAUGCAAUCAUUCAGGAUUUGUAGAAGUAGGGAGACACUACUUUUCUUCUAUGUACAGAGAUUUCGGGGUGUCUCCGCAUAUGGACCAUUACACAUGUAUGAUUGAUUUGCUUGGUCGAGCUGGGUAUCUAGAAGAAGCUAAGAACAUGAUUGAGGAGAUGCCUAUGCAGCCUGACUCUGUUAUAUGGGGAUCUUUUCUUGCUGCUUGUAAAAUUCACCGGCACAUCACAUUAGGUGAAUACGCAGCAGAGAAGCAUCUUGAGAUAGACCCUUCCAAUUCUGGACCAUAUGUACUUCUCUCAAACAUGUAUGCUGAGCUUGGAAGAUGGGGCGAUGUGAUGAGAGUACGGAAGUUGAUGAGGAAACAAGGAGUCAUUAAGCAGCCAGGGUGUAGUUGGAUAGACAUACAAGGACAUGUCAAUGUUUUCAUGGUAAAGGAUAAAAGGCAUCCUCGCAAGAACCAAAUUCGUCGGCUUCUUAAGACUCUCAUGGUACAGAUGAAACAAGCUGGUUAUAUCCCUGAUACCAUAAACUAUGAGGAAUACGAAGAGCCGGAUGAGAUGGAAUCGGCAUUGGAUGACCAAAUGGAUCACUCAGCUGAUGCUGCUUUCGGGUAAUCUCAUGACAUGUCCCACCCUUCUUCCUCGCUGAAUCUUUUGCUGUUUUCUGAUGUCUUCAAUGGACUCGAUGGCGAACUCUACAAUAUUU